AUGUCUCCGGAGCUUUUGGCUCAGUCUGACGAUUCGGACGAUGAUGGUUGCGAGCAAAGGCCGGCACGAAGGCGAUACUUUCAAAAGACAACACAGCGCUUUUCUCUUGACAUCCGCUUCUGGUAUUGGCUUUUCUUGUGUAUGCUCUCGCUCUCGGUCAUCUAUAUCGCCAUGAACGUCUACAUUCUCACAAAACGAUGCACUGAGCUCUCCAACGGCGUUUCCACCGUCACCACGUUGGUCAAUCGUAUGGAUACGUUAGAGUCGAGCCUAGAGAAAAUGCUUUUGGAAUUUGAUCUCUGGAGGGAGAGUAUCGCAAAAAACUCUAGCAACUCUAGCCAGACAAGAAACGCUACAGAAUAUGUAUACGACGUCAUGGAACAUUUGACUAUGCAAGUGAAACAAUUAAAGAAAAACGUCGAUCACGCGUCCGGAGUGGCGGAAGACAUGACGCGACGUAUGACGACGGUGGAGUCGCGCUGUCUUGCUGUGUGUCGUCAACCGGUCGACCGAGGCAGCGACAAGCAGCGCCGGCGCCAGGCCGUUUCCGCCCUUGACGGCACCGACGACGUGAUCAUCUUUCGGAGGAACUGA